CUCGUGCUCCCUUUCACGACAGUUGGGUCCCGGCGCUUUGCGGCAGCCGCUGUUGGUGUUCGCGUGCUCCCUCUCCGCCGAGCCCGGCCUGAGGCGGCGCCUGCCGGGCGGGGCCUGGGGCCUGGGGCCGAAUCGGACGCGAGGCCUCCGCGCUGGGAUGACCUGCGGCCUUGCGGGCUCAGGGCAGCGCCGGCCGAGCCAUGGCCAGCACAAUGGUAGCACUUGGACUGACAAUUGCUGCUGCAGGAUUUGCAGGCCGAUAUGUUUUGCAAACAAUGAAGCAUAUGGAGCCUCAAGUAAAGCAAGCUAUUCGAAGUCUGCCAAAAUGUGCCUUCACUAGUGGCUAUUACAGAGGCGGGUUUGAACCCAAAAUGACAAAACGAGAAGCCGCGCUAAUAUUAGGAGUAAGCCCUACAGCCAAUAAAGGGAAAAUUAGGGAUGCUCACCGACGAAUCAUGCUUUUAAACCACCCAGACAAGGGAGGAUCUCCUUAUGUAGCAGCUAAAAUCAAUGAAGCUAAAGAUUUAUUAGAAAGUCAAGCUAAGAAGUAAAAUUAAUACAGAUAUAAUUUUAAAUUUAUAUAUGCAUCAAUUUAUAUAUAGGAAUCCUGAUGUUUUCUAAUAACUUCAUAAAAGCUGUAAUAUUUCUUUACUGGUUGCAUUAGUUGAUAUAAUUUGUUUUUUCUUUUUAUUAAUUUUGAUGCUAUUAUAAUUAUUAGAUUACAAAUAUUAUGGUCUUACAAGUUAUGAAUAUGCUUCCUGUUGGGAAUUGACUACAACUUGAAACAUGAUUCCUUAGUUAACUUAGCUAUAUUUAGAAUCCUACAGAAACAAAUCAUUACUCCUGUGACCUAACAUUAGUUAGGUCAUUUUCCUGCAGUGCUUUAUAUUAAUAUACCAUAUUGAUUCUCACAAGGCUUAAAUAAUUUAAAAUUUAAUGAAUCAUACAUCAGAAAUACAAUCAGUAUAAUAAGUCAUGUAAGGAGAAAGUGUCAAUAGAGAUCCUAGUUUAUCCUGACUUUUUUUGCAUUAAGUACACUGUCCCAUAAUUUUAUAAACUUUUGAUCUUUAGAAUUUUUUAAACAGUGUCUGUAGAAAACUUUUAACUUAAAAACAAAAAAAUCAGUCUUAUUUCAUUGUUUAGUCAUACAAAAUUCAUUUAUGUGUAAAACUCCCCUUCCCAGAAAUCCAUAAGAGCUUGAACAGUACUAGGGAGAAGGAGAAAACAAAACUUGUCAGAUUUAAGCCAUUGGAAUCACAAAAUUUAUCGGUACUUUCGAUUGGGAUUUGUGAUAGUCGAUGCAUCCAAUCUCCUUGUUGUGAGUAUUCCCUCUAAUGAUAAAGAGCCCACUCUGUGCAGCUCUGACAUGUCAUUCAAUAGACAGGUAACAGGUGAAAAUAACUUGAGGAAUUAUAAAGCUUGGCCUUCCUCUCUCCUUUUGCCAGUUAUUGUGAGUGUCUCUUAUUGGAUACAUGAGAUUAUCCAGAAUUGAGAGAAACAAUACUUGGAGAAUGCACAGAAAAAGUCAUUUUUGUUUUACAAAUUUUGAAUUAGGAUGUAUCUGAUCUGAGAAUUCACAAUGUUUUCUUGACUUAAUUUUAAAAGGUUAGGAAAACUCCAGCUUUUCCACCUUGUUUCUAUGUUCAGUUUGUAUUUUGGAGACAUACAGAACAGUGCCCCCCUAAAACCAUAGGACCAAACCAAAAAGAUGCUUUGGUUUCUACCUUUUUUUCAGAUCUGGGAUAAUGACAAACAUAAAUCUUGAUUCUUUGAACAAGCAAUUAGAUAUUAGGUAACAAUAUCAACCCUUGGAAUUAAGAUUUGCCAAGAAUAAACUUAAUAUAGAAAAAGCAUAAUAAAUCAAAAUUAAGAAUUAACUGUACCAAGAUCUGAUAAUUAUGCAGUUCAUGCAAACAUAUAUAUGCUUAUACUAGCAGAAGCAGGCUUAACAUAAAGGUGAUUCAGCAGAGAUUAGUGAAUGUAACAUGUAAUACCACAGAAAAUCACAUGUUCCUUUCACUGCAAUAUUUUUCAAGAAGAAAUCUCAUCUUCAACGAAGGUAUAGAGUAAAUGGACAAAAUGUCCGGGAAGAUCUUGGAACCCCAGAGUCAGACCUAAUGAGUCACAUUAUGUCAGCUUAUUGGCUAUUGUGAGGAAUAGUAUGUACUUAAGGAUUAGUAAGUAUCUGUGAUUUCAGCAGUAUGGGCAUUGUUUCCACUGGUGCCAGCCUUUGAUGGUGAAACCAGAACAUUUCAUUCUUUCCUCAUCCUGUAACCAACCUCAUGAUGAACUUUUCUGAGACCUGAAGUCAGGCCAUGAUGAAGCAUCAGAUUAUAACUUUGGUGGAGAUUUCUGUAAUGGUUAUGAUUGUAACAUCAUAGAAUUUUUUCUAUUGGAAAGAACUUACAUAGAGAUCAAGGCCAUUUCAGUAAAGGUGGGGGUUCUUAUUUAAAUUACAUCGGGUGACUGCCCUUGUUAGGAGCCUCACUGUUAGUGCAUAUUGAUUUGUAUCCUUAGAAAGGAUUUUUGUAGAAACCCAGAUGAGGAGAGUCUCCGGGGUUGAGGUGGUACCUCUGUGGAUGAAACUGAAUCUGAAUUUAACAGCAUGAGCUGUUUCAUAAUUCCAACUCACCAUAAGCCUCCACCUCUGUUCCUCUUCCCUCCUUGCAGGGCCCACAACACACAGCAGAAAACACUCUAGGCACUGCUUUUGGUCAAGGCUCCAUGCACUAGACAAAGGCCUGUAGCUUCUUCAAGGCAUGCUAAAUGCACUUCCUGCAAGCAGUCUUUAUCUGCUGAGACUACAUAGCUUGCCUGUCUACCCAUUGAGGGUCCACCUGGGCACUUCAAGCAUCGUAAGCAUGGUAGAAAUGUUGAACCGGGGAGCCCAAAGACCCGGGUUCCUGAAAAACCUUCAUCUUGGACUACAUAAGGUCCAUACCAAUCAGCAAGCAUGUUAGUGUGAGCUGAGUUGAGCUGAUCCUGAAUGGAAGAGGAUAAGUGACCGGCCAUUAAAGAGGUUUGUUGCUCAGAUUCUGGCUUUAAUGAAUCAAGAAAGUUAUGUCUUCUGGUAUGUUUCUACAAGUGCUUAAAGAAAGACAAUACAAUUACUGAGCAAAUCCUGCUAGGAGAUGGAGUGGGGAAGAAAGUGGUGAUUUUGAUCAUUCAAGGGGCCCUUGAAAAUCAGCAAAAAGCAGGGCACUGUCCCAAAACCUACUGUCAAGUGCCAUAAAGAAAAUGAAUGUUAACUGGUAACCCAAAUGGAAGUUACUGAUGACUCAAACUUCAUUGUUUGAUUGUUACUAACAGCCAAAUCUAGCUGCUGCUAGCAGACUGACCAGUGACAGUGGAAAUAGAAAGCAGAGUAAGAUGCAGCUAGGAAGGGACAGCUGUCUGAGGUCUUUUAGUAUAGGAGCAACAUCCCUGUUCCCUCAGUAACCACAGUAGCCUCUUGGAACACACGGCAGCUGGUUGAUGUUCAUCAUGAUAACCUGGGCAGUAUACUGAUUACGUCUUCAGAGAAACCUCUGACACAGGGUCUUGUAUCCUGGAGGUGAUCUUGUGCUCACAGAGGCCAUGAUGGCAGACACAAGCUCUACAUGUCCUGCCAUUAAGAGCUUCCUAUGAGCCAGGCACUGUGCUGGGGCCUAAGGAUAUGGGUUUGAAAAAGGACAAAAUAAAGUAAAAGAAUAAACUGAGGAAAAGACUCUGGUAAAGAGGCUCCAAAUGGCCUGAUCUGGAAGACAGCUUUUGAGUCAAGCUUUGAAGGAAACUAGAGCUUCCAAGGCAUUAGGAAGCUUUACGGACCCGAAACAAUUAAGAUGCCAAUGUAUGUGGGAAACAGCAAAACGAGACUAGAGUGCAGGAAGAGGAGGAAAAAUAAGCUGGAGGCAGGUUGUAAGAGGCCUCGAGGGCCAAACAGGAUUUUGUGUUUGAUCUCAGAGCUAGUAAGGAGCCACCGGGAUUUGUUGAGUAGGACGAUGACAAGGUCAAGUCUGGGAUUUGGGAAAAACUGCUUAGUAACUAUGCGAAGGACCUAUUAGGCUGCUGGUGUGUGAGUGGACGUUGUUUUGCUAGGGUGGUAGCCGCAUGAGUGCAGAGAUGGGACAAAUGAUAUGGAGGUAGCAAAGGUCAAGCUAGAAAGGAAGGGGAUGAGUUUCAUUUCUGCCGUGUAAGGACCAGUUUAGCAAAGCUGGAGAAGCCAGUUCAGGACCAGUUUGGUCACAAAGCCAUCACAAGUUAUGACUUGUCAGGGCCCAAGGUAGCCUAAGUUUGAGAUUUGCACUGCUUGAGAACUUCCCCAGUAGGAUUUUUAUGUUUAAAAGUAAACAUUUUAUAAUGUCGGUACUACAAAGGGCAAAACAUUAUUUGGGAAAAAAACUAAAAAAUCACUCCUAGAAUACUUCGGUUAAAAGUUAACCUAUAUUUAUUAUUUACUUUUAAAUUGCAUGGAACAUCAAAGGAUAUUUCACUAGCUACAGUAACAGAAUUAUUCUGUAAUCUUGUCAGUGAGCCUAUAAUUGAAACAUUUCACUUUCCGAUUCUCAAAGGCAUGAUGUUCAGAUGAAAUUAUCUGAUACACCUUAUUAAUAAAAUUUCAAGGUAAAUCAAGAAGAAAACUGGGGAUAUAUAAAGAAUGGAUUUUUAGGGGGAGGGAAGCAAGGAAUGAAGGAGAUUAGGUAAAAAGAGAAGGCAAAUUCAGGGCAAACAAAACAAAAACCUAAUGGAUGCUAUAGUGAGUUCUUGGUUACCCAAGGAAUUCUGGGCUGAGGGUAACCUUGGAUACCAGGAACCUCAGGUAACCUGAGCCCAGUUGUUGCUGCCUCUUGUUGCCAGGGCUACAGAAUCUAGGCUGGAUGGGGAGUGCUGUGCACCUGCCUAGGGUCUGUUACCCUAGCAACAGGACAUAGGAAACCAGGGCUGGAGGCUUACAUUAUCCAUUAGUCCUGACCCUGGGGUUUGAGCCCUAGUGUUUGAAGGGCCAUUAGGAACAUGUUAACAAUUUGGCCUUUGCUGCCCCCUUAGCUGUCACUCUAGAGUCAAUGAUAUGGAGCCCUAAUGUUGCCAUGACAUUUGCCUUAAAACUUCCAAACAUUUCUUAAAUUGCAUCUCACUGGCAAGUUCUAAAGGAAAACUAAGAUUCGGGGCUUAAACAAUUCCCUUCUAAGAAUAACAGUAGCUGACAUUUAUAGUACCUUGCAUAUAUUGUCUCAUCUGAUCUUAUAACAAGCUAGUGAUGAAGGUGUUGCAGAUAUUUUUAAUAAUAGUCAAUUUUUUAGUGUUUUUGGAGCCCCCAGGGAGUCAAUUCCCUCAACCAGAUCAGCAUUUGCUGUGAAAUAUAUAGCCCUGCAGAGUUGUCUAGGGAAUUGAAAAGUUAAGUGAUUUUUAUAAGAUAGAUACAAAUUAUUAACUCAUGAUAAUAUCCAUUUGAACAUCAAGUCUGUUUUUGGCCAAGGCACAUGAGAAGGAAGAAAGCAGGUUUUUGCAAAUAGUAAUCUAUAGCAACCUAGCUCUGUCCAGUCAGUCAUAUGAUUGACUAAAAAGUCUAGGAAAUGCAGGAGUUCACUGCACUUACUGUUUGUGAACCAUUUUUUAAAAAAGCAUUUGAUUACAAAAUGCCAACUUGAAGGCUUUCCUCUGACAUAGUGUCUUCCAUUGUUUCUUGAAAGAUGUGAAAGAGAAAACUUUGUCUACCCCUGAUUAUUGUCGAGCAAGAAACAAAAUGGAGAUAGAGGCUUAUCAAACGUAAUUACUGCCAUUAGGAAAGACAUUCCCUAGACCAUGAAAUCUUCCAGAUGUUCCUAUUUAUCAGUGACAUUGUACUGAUUGCAUUAAGCCCCAGAAUAUUGUAGAGCUUCCUAAAUGAGAACCAGAAUUACUCCAAAGAGUGACCUAUCGAUACUGGAAGUAACCAGUGAAUGAAAAAAAAAAAUCUACUGUCCAGAGCAACCUGGACAAU